GGUUGGUGCGGGCUGCGCUGAGGGGCGAAGCGGCGGUAUGGCCGAGCCGGACGUGACUGCCGGUGAGAACGGCGUGGGUAGAAGAGUGGUCCGCGUGGGCACCCGUCGGAGCCAGCUGGCCCGAAUUCAGACUGACAGUGUAGUUGAGAUGCUCUGUGAGCUAUACCCUGACCUCCGCUUUGAGAUUGUUGCCAUGUCAACAACCGGAGACAAGAUCUUGGACACAGCCCUUUCCAAGAUCGGGGAGAAGAGCCUCUUCACCAAAGAGCUGGAAAACGCACUUGAAAGAAAUGAAGUUGACCUUGUGGUUCAUUCCUUGAAAGACCUACCAACUUCUCUUCCUCUUGGCUUUACCAUCGGUGCCGUCUGCAAAAGGGAAAACCCACUCGAUGCUGUUGUUUUUCAUCCCAAAAACUGCGGGAAAACACUGAGCCUGCUUCCUGAGAAGAGUGUGAUUGGAACCAGCUCACUUCGGAGAGCAGCCCAGCUCAAAAUGAAGUUCCCUCAGUUAGAAUUCAGGGAUAUUAGAGGGAAUUUAAAUACCCGCUUAAAGAAGCUAGAUGAGAAGGAAGACUUCAGUGCCAUUAUCCUGGCUGCUGCUGGCCUGAAGAGAAUGGGCUGGGAGAAUCGCAUCGGACAGCUUCUAAGCCCUGAAGAUUGUCUGUAUGCUGUUGGACAGGGUGCCUUGGCAGUGGAAGUUCGUGCCAAAGAUCAAGAGAUACUGAAUAUGGUAUCUGCCCUGCAUGACGCAGACACUGUGUUAUGCUGCAUUGCUGAGAGAGCCUUUAUGAAACGUUUGGAAGGUGGCUGUAGUGUCCCCGUUGCUGUCAACACUGUGCUGAAAGAUGGCCAGCUGUAUUUGACAGGAGCAGUGUACAGCUUGGAUGGAUCUGAUAGCCUGAAGGAAACUAUGCAGACCAGUGUUAAUUAUUCCCAACAGAAUGAAGAUGGACCAAAUGAUGAUGUGCAGCACGUUGGCAUCACAGCCAAGAAUGUUCCUGGUCAGGCCCAAGAAGCAGCAGAGAACCUUGGUGUUGAACUAGCUAGUUUACUUCUGAGCAAGGGAGCUAAGCACAUCCUCAGUGUGGCAAGGCAGCUCAAUGAUGCCCGAUAGAGCUGUUGUGCAGUCAGCACCAUUGCUACAACUCUAGCCAGUUGUUGCAGCUACACUAUCAUCCUUCUUUGGAGGAAGGGAUUUAAAUGUUCACACCAGCCUUACCUGAUGUUUGGGCAUAAAAACUUGAAAUGGUGAGUAGCUUAUGCUGCUAAGGGUUUUCAUUCACCUGAGUUU